CAGGCUGCUUCAGAGGACCUCGCUCGCAAGCCGCAAUCUAUCUCGGCGUCGCCGUGCAUCGCUCGGCCCUCUCUCUCUUCGUCUGGGGCAUCCUCAGGACGGGCUUCCAUCCAGGCAACGCAAAGCCCAGCAGUCCUCUCCCGCAGGAUCAUCGGCCAUGAGCUCCGACUGCACAUACGUCCACAAUACCUUUCCUGCCAUUCCGCUCGCCUGCUGCAGCGAUGCCAGCGCCAUCAGCUGCGACUCAACAGGCACCCGGGUCACCAGCCUGGUCUUGAGCGCGACGCAACUCACCGGAUCGAUCCCCGCAGACAUCAAUACCCUCAUCAACCUGCAGACCCUGCGGUUGGAUACCAAUCUGCUCUCUGGCUCGAUUCCAAGCACCAUCGGCACGUUCCAGCAGCUGUCCGUCCUGCACCUGGAAUCCAACAGUUUGACAGGACCUCUUCCCGAUAGCAUUGGAAACCUCACUGCCCUCCGUUUCAUCGACGUACACAAUAAUAUGCUCAGCGGCACCAUUCCCGACAGCAUCAGCAACCUAAUGAACCUUCAGCAACUCACCCUCGAUGGCAAUGCUUUUACUGGCCUCUUUCCUUCCAGUGUCGGCCGAAUGACCCAACUGACCAAGAUAAACGUCAACCGAAACCAGCUCGCGGGCAUUGUCGAUUUGGACUUUCGUAACCUUACACUACUGAACUACGUAGACUUUUCCAGCAACCCGGCUCUCAGCGGCACAAUUCGGCUGGCCAGCUGCGCGAUGCCCUCGGGCAGCCAGGGCUGGGACUUUGGCAAUCUCAAGUGCUCCACCGAUCCUCCUCCUCUUUUCAGCGCUUCCUCUGGUGCCAAUACGCCGCUCAAUCCUGUGCCAACCUCAUCUCUGUCUCCUACACCUGGAUCGCCCUCUUCUUCCUCGUCCUCAUCCCUUCCCAUGGCUGCCAUCAUCGGCUCUGUUGCGGGUGUAGUCGUCCUUCUUGGUGUCAUCGCUGCACUCUUCUUCGCUCGCAGGAAAAAGGCCACAACUCAAGCCAGAGCGUACGAGAGCGACCAUCAACGCACAAGCUUUGGCGGAGGCAGCCAUGUCGGACUCACAGACCCCACUUUGCCGACAGAAGCCACCCCUCCCCUCCCCAACCUCUACGAUGCCGGCCAUCCCUUGCGCGUGAACACUGCCCACUCUGUUGCGGUCUCGUCCGCACCCAGUGCCGACACUCAACCAAGCUUUGACGUCCGGAGGACAGUUACUUCAAUGGAUGCUCUCUCCUUCCCUGCGCUACCAAGCCCUUUGACAGCACGGACUGCAACCCACCAGAGCGACUCUGCCGUGUCCCCACAUGCAUCCUAUCGCAUGGACUACAGCCCCGCUGACACGAUAUCCAUGGCCGUUUCGGGGUCUGGGAAGCACGUUUGGCCCUUCUACACCGGCGGAGACAGCAAAUACCGAUACCGAGAGUCAUCCGGGCCGCGUAACUCUGGCUCGGAUACCAUGGAGAUGACGUCGGUGUCGUCCGGCCAGAGUAGCGCAAACUACGAGGUUGUUGAAUUCCAUGACGCAAAUGGCAUAGAGAUCGAGCUCAAUGUCGGCGAUCGGAUCCAGCUCUUCCAAGCGUUUGACCGGGAUCGAGCCGAGGGCAAGAAUGAGAGCACAGGCGCUGUGGGAAUGAUUCCGAUACACAAGAUCCGUCCCAUCUUCCAGGGCGCUCUGCGGCUCCCAGCCUAUUCAUCAAUCGAUAGGCCACACUAAUAUCGCGCGCCUGGUACGCUAAUGACGGGCCCUGUUUCUAUGGAAGCCCUGUUUCCAUGAAGGUUCUAUUUCCACGAAGUUUUCCUUUCCAUGAUUCGAAUCCAUCUGUUUCUGCCAGCCUCCCUCGUAUCCACCUGCGUCUCCGUGCAAAACCAUAAUCAUCCAGCCUACCCAGACGGAUUGGCUCUCGCGUUUAGAGCCAACCGCACUGUGAUGUGCUUUUCGCGACUCACUCCAAGAGCCUCUCUAUCGGUCGCUGAGGGCCUGUUCGCCUGGGAAUAUAUCAGGCCAAUCCCGGUUGUACGGUCAAUCCAGAAAGAAACGAGACAGUCACUUUCUCGCUUCAG